AUGAGAUAUGUUUUUGAAAAGUUGCAAAUGAAAAAAAUGAAAAAUCAUCUCUCGGGCUUAAACCAACGAAGCGCUAAGUUUAUGUUCAGGGGAAUAUCCAUUCCAUGGUUUAUGAAAAGGUCUUAUAGGAAUAUUACUACUACUGCACCAAUGACACAAGCUAUAGAUUACACAUCAUGGUCUAAGGAAGAUUUAAUUGCUAAGAUCUCCGAGUUGGAACAAAAGACUGCACCAACAACAUCCCCCACAUGCACAGCUCCUAAACCAGAGAUCAGACAGAAACUGAAAAAACAGAAACAGUUUGACUGGAGUAGACACAAUUUCCGUUUCAUUGCAUUACGAUUUGCAUAUUUAGGUUGGAAUUAUAAUGGUCUCGCAUACCAAUUCGAGCCAACACCAUUGCCCACAGUUGAAGAAACAAUAUUGAAAACAUUAUCCAAAAUAAAGCUUAUUCCUGAACCUAUAGAUCAAGUAGAUUUUUCAAGGUGUGGAAGAACUGAUAAAGGAGUAAGUGCAAUGAAUCAAGUGGUUUCCAUCAAGCUUCGAUCAAAUUUAUCCCCAGAAGAACAACAAGAUUCAACCAAUGAUGACAAAGAGAUUGACUAUUUGACAAUAAUAAAUGCCAAUUUACCAAGUGAUAUUAAAGUACAUUCUAUAUGUCUACAUCCUCCACCUGAUUUUGAUGCUAGAUUCAGUUGUAAAAAUCGUCAUUAUCGUUACUUGUUUAAAGCUUCAAAUUUAGAUAUUGAAGCUAUGAAUAAAGCAGCUGGGUAUUAUCAAGGACAACAUGAUUUUCGCAAUUUUUGUAAAUUGGAUGGAUCAAAACAAAUAACCAAUUUCGAACGAUUCAUUUAUAGUUCGAAAAUCAUUCAUUUGGAGAAUGACUUGUUCUGUUUUGAUUUAAUUGGUACCGCUUUCCUUUGGCAUCAAGUACGAUGCAUGGUUGCAAUUUUGUUCCUAGUAGGACAGCACCUAGAAAAGCCAGAAAUUGUAACUGAUCUAAUGGAUAUUACCAAGUACCCUACAAAACCACAAUAUGAAAUGGCCAAUGAUAUACCACUUGUAUUGUAUGAUUGUGAAUUCCCUCCUAUGGAUUGGAAACAAUUUGACAACGAAUACAAAUUCAACCGAAUCAUGAAUGGGUUCAAGGGGAUGUGUUAUGAUUUGAAUAUUAGAACGAAGAUGCUGAGUAUUAUGGAAGAUCUUGUAUUCAAAGAUCAACCAAAGGCAACUGCUCCAGCGAUCAAUACAGUGCCUCUUGGUGAUGGAGUAGGACGUUCUUUUGCUAAAUAUACUCCAUUGGAAAAUCGAGAACGAACAGAUAGUUAUGAGAUUAUUAAUGCUCGAUGGAUGGCAAAGAAAGAAGGUAAAAGAAACACCACCAAAGAAGUUCAGAUAGAUGAAUAG